AUGUUGUACAUCUACGCUACAUCCCCAUACUGGCUGGAUCUCAAGGCUAUGUGGACGAAUUGGCCAAAUCGUGAGGUCUCAGGCCUUAUGAAAUCUUAUAUGCUGGCUCAACUCGCUUUCUGGCUGCAACAGAUCAUAGUCGUUAAUAUUGAGAAACGGCGCAAGGAUUACUGGCAGAUGAUCUCUCACCACAUUGUCACCAUCGCACUGGUGUACAGCUCGUACCGUUAUGGCCUCACCCGGGUUGGUAAUGUGGUGUUGAUAUUGAUGGAUCUCAACGAUUUGAUAUUCUCAGUGGCCAAAUGCCUGAAGUACAUGAGUCUUCAAACCUUGUGCGAUAUCAUGUUUGGCGUAUUUGUUGUCAGCUGGGUGCUUUGUCGGCAUGUUGCCUUUGUCAUGGUUUGCUGGUCUGUCUAUGCACACAGCUUGGUCAUUGCAGGGUCAACUUGUUACAUAGGCUCAGGAAAUACUAUCGGCGGCCCCGAACCUGUACCACAAGGUGAAGGGUACUUCUACAUGCUUGCGCCACUGAUAUACGACUCUGGACGAAUCUGCUACGACUACACCAUCAAGUCGCUCUUCCUUAGCGGCCUAUUGUUCCUGGAAGGUUUGAUGAUUUUCUGGCUUGUUAUGAUUAUUAAGUUGGUCGUCAGAGUUCUCCGUGGUGGCAAUGCAGAAGAUACGCGCAGCGACGAUGAAGGAGAGGACGAGGAACACGAGAUCAUGGCACCUAUAGAAGUUGUGGUUGAUACUGAGAAACUUGGUAGUCCAUUGCGCUUUUCAUCCAGUGGAAGAGGCACAUCUUGUGUCUUCCAAACAACAAGUGGGUUGACGAUCGGACAGGAAAACAAAAAGUAUCUAGGUAGAAUCGGCUGCGAGCAGAGGAUAUCACGCUGA